GCAAAAUGAAUUGCCUCGCCGGUUCCAGCCACCCCGUGGCCGCAUAAAUAUCAAACCUCCGAUCGCCACACCCCCAUCUUAUCGGUGUCGACUUUUUUUUUGCCUCUUCGCGAGUCCUCCCUUCUCCCAUACCCGACCUACUUCCUUCUGAGGAAAGAUGCUUCUGACCCAGCAACUGAAGUCUGCCCACCGCGGCGCUUCUCGCAUCAUCUCCACCAGAGCCUUUGCCUCUGCUGCUGCCCAGGUUCCCAUCUCGAACCUCGAGAAGGGCCAGUACAUCAACUACCAGCGCAUUGAGAACAACCUCAAGAUCGUCAAGGACAGACUCCAGCACCCUCUGACCCUUGCCGAGAAGAUCGUCUAUGGUCACUUGGACGAUGCUGUUAACCAGGAUAUUGCCCGUGGCUCUUCCUACCUCAAGCUCCGCCCCGAUCGUGUUGCCUGCCAGGAUGCCACUGCCCAGAUGGCUCUCCUGCAGUUCAUGUCUGCCGGCCUCCCCAGCGUCGCCGUUCCCACCACUGUCCACUGCGACCACUUGAUUGAGGCCCAACUCGGUGGUCCCAAGGAUCUCUCUCGUGCCAACGAGCUCAACAAGGAGGUCUACGACUUCCUGUCCACCUGCUCGGCCAAGUACAACAUUGGCUUCUGGCGCCCCGGCUCCGGCAUCAUCCACCAGAUCAUCCUCGAAAACUAUGCCUUCCCUGGCGGUCUCAUGAUUGGUACUGACUCUCACACCCCCAACGCUGGUGGUCUUGGCAUGGUUGCCAUCGGUGUCGGUGGUGCCGAUGCCGUCGAUGUCAUGGCCAACAUCCCCUGGGAGCUCAAGUGCCCCAAGGUCAUCGGUGUCAAGCUCACCGGCAAGCUCAGCGGCUGGACCUCCCCCAAGGACAUCAUCCUGAAGCUCGCUGGCAUCCUGACCGUCAAGGGUGGAACCGGCUCCAUCGUCGAGUACUUUGGCCCUGGUCUUGACUCGAUCUCCUGCACUGGCAUGGCCACCAUCUGCAACAUGGGUGCCGAGAUUGGUGCCACCACCUCUCUGUUCCCCUACAGCAAACGCAUGGCCGACUACCUCCGUGCUACCACCCGCCCUUACAUUGCCGACUGGGCCGAUGCGUUCCAGCACAACCUCACUGCCGAUGCCGGUGCCAAGUACGACCAGGUCAUCGAGAUCGACCUCAGCACCCUCGAGCCCCAUAUCAACGGCCCCUUCACCCCCGAUCUUGCCACUCCCAUCAGCAAGUUCGCCGAUGCCGUCCAGAAGAACGGCUGGCCCGCCGAGAUGAAGGUCGGCCUGAUCGGCUCGUGCACCAACUCCUCGUACGAGGACAUGGCCCGCGCCGCCUCGCUCGCCCAGCAGGCCAUCGAUGCCGGUGUCCCCGCCAAGGCCAAGUUCAUCAUCACCCCUGGCUCUGAGCAGAUCCGCGCCACCAUCCAGCGCGACGGCCAGUCUGAUGUCUUUGACCAGAUCGGCGGUGUUGUCCUUGCCAACGCCUGCGGCCCUUGCAUUGGCCAGUGGGAUCGCCAGGACAUCAAGAAGGGCGACAAGAACUCGAUCGUCACCUCCUACAACCGCAACUUCACCGGCCGCAACGACUCCAACCCCCAGACCCACGCCUUUGUUGCCAGCCCCGAGCUCGUCACCGCCUUUGUCUUCUCGGGCGACCUCACCUUCAACCCCCUCACCGACUCGCUCAAGACCAAGGACGGCAAGGACUUCAAGUUCCAGGCUCCCCAGGGCCCCGAGCUCCCUCCCCGCGGCUACGACGCCGGCGAGAACACCUACCAGGCCCCUCCCGCCGACCGCUCCUCGGUCUCUGUCUCGGUCAGCCCCGAGUCCAACCGCCUCCAGCUCCUGACUCCCUUCAGCAAGUGGAACGGCAAGGACUACAAGGAUCUUCCCAUCCUCAUCAAGGUCAAGGGAAAGUGUACCACCGACCACAUCUCCAUGGCUGGCCCCUGGCUCAAGUACCGUGGUCACCUCGACAACAUCUCCAACAACAUGCUGAUCGGUGCCAUCAACAUUGAGAACGGCCUGGCCAACUCUGUCCUCAACCCCAUCACGGGCGAGUACGAGGCUGUCCCCAAGACCGCCCGCGACCUCAAGGCCAAGGGCAUCAACUGGGUCGUCAUCGGUGACGAGAACUACGGCGAGGGCUCUUCCCGUGAGCACGCCGCCCUCGAGGUCCGCCACCUCGGUGGUGUUGCCGUCAUUGUCAAGAGCUUUGCCCGCAUCCACGAGACCAACCUCAAGAAGCAGGGCAUGCUCCCUCUCACCUUUGCCAACGCCGCUGACUACGAGAAGGUCGAGUCUACCGACAAGGUCUCGAUCAUUGGUCUUGAGAGCAACUUUGUUCCCGGCAAGCCCCUUACCCUCCGCCUCACCAAGAAGGACGGCCGUGUCGUCGACCUCACCGUCAACCACACCUUCAACGAGAACCAGAUCGAGUGGUUCCAGUGGGGUAGCGCCCUCAACAAGAUGGCCGCCUCUGCCUAAAGAGAGGGAGGCUGUCUCUCGCUCUCCGAGGCUGCAACGGUGAUCUAGAGUGGUGGAGGUGGAGUGGUGGAGCUUCCGGGUGUAUGAUGUUGCGUUGGCCCGAUACACUCGCUCCCAGACUCCUUUUUGGUGGCUGCACAUUUUUAUUGAUUUCUAUCUGUUGUUCCGACAAAAAGCGCAUCCGUUCCAUCUCGUCUCUGGCAAUGGGUGGUGCACGGCGCCUUUUUGUUUCGCUAAUCGGGGGUCUCGCUCGUGCAGCGGCUCCUUCUGUUCGCAAUCGCUUCCUCUGGAAGCUCGGUCUUGAAUACAAUCUGGUGGCUGAUCGUCGUUACAGGCAAUCCAAUAAAAAACGGGACACCCGGGUAUUUGACCAUUCAUCGAA